AUGGAAGCACUCGCGACACUGCCACUGACCCUCUCGGUUCCGGCCGCGACUACAUUCCUCGCCUAUCUUAAUGCAAGAUGGUCACUCUUCUACGACGCAAAGUUGAUAAACUCCAUUGCCAGAGCCGUUUUCCGCCGCUUCUUCUGGGUCAAAAAUGGUCGUGGGAACCUCUUCUACAUACUUGAGCAGCAUGCAUUGAAUCCGAAACUGGCCCAGCAACCUUUCCUGGCUUACCACGGCAAGAUCUGGACUUUUCACGAAACAUAUCAGACAGUCUUGCGAUAUGGUACCUGGUUGAAGCAGGCCCAUCAAGUCAAACCUGGGGAUGUGGUCGCGAUGGAUUUCAUGAAUUCACCGACGUUUAUAUUCAUGUGGAUGGGUCUGUGGAGCAUUGGUGCUGUUCCUUCUAUGAUCAAUUAUAAUCUGACCAAAGCCCCGUUGGAACACUGUGUCCGGAUUUGCGAUGCCAAACUUCUCGUUGUUGAUGAAGAGCUGCGUCCUCUCUUUCCUCCGGAACAGUUGUCAGUCUUCAGUGCGCCUGAUUUCCGUAAAAAUGGUGGCCCUGUUGAAGUCGUAUUCCACGACAACACUCUGGAGUUUCAAAUUAUGGAGUUUGAGCCCAUUCGGGCACCUGACGUUGAUCGCGGUAAUCAAGAAGCCACUUCAACCUGCAUGUUUAUCUAUACCAGUGGCACGACUGGUCUUCCCAAAGCUGCCAUCAUCAAUUGGAGCAAAGCAAUAACUGCCGCGAGUUUUAUGCAUGUAGCACUUGGUCUGCGGCGGACAGACCGCGUCUACACCUGCAUGCCAUUGUAUCAUUCAACUGCCGGUCUUUUGGGCUACACCGCUUGCUUACUCAAUGCUAGUAGUCUAGCAAUUGGCCGUAAAUUCUCAGCAAGGAACUUCUGGAAUGAAGUAAGAGAGAACGACGCGACCGUGGUGCAGUACGUUGGAGAGACGCUCCGUUAUUUACUUGCCACUCCAACCCAAACCGAUCCGGCUACUGGAGAGAAUCUUGAUAAGAAGCACAAUGUUCGAAUGGCCUAUGGAAAUGGCCUUCGCCCAGACGUUUGGAAUCGGUUCAAAGAGAGGUUCGGAAUUGAUACGGUGGCAGAGCUAUACGGCGCCACAGAAGGAUUGUCAAUAACUUUGAACGUAUCGCGGAAUGACUACUCAACUGGCGCUAUUGGCCGCAAUGGUGCCCUCGGAAACCUCCUUUUAUCGAUCUCGUCAACUAUUAUUGAGCUGGAUCCCAUCACGGAGCUUCCUCGACGUGACCCAAAGACUGGCCUAUGCGUGCAAGCCGUGAAAGGCGAGCCCGGCGAAUUGUUAUUUGCGGUCGAUGCAGAAAAUAUUGCGGAGAAAUUUCCGGGAUACGUUAACAACCCGGAAGCUAACAAUAAAAAGAUCAUUCGCGACGUUCGUAAAAAAGGAGACGCAUGGUUUCGCACGGGAGAUAUGAUCCGGUGGUAUCCCAAUGGGUUGUGGUAUUUCUCCGAUAGGAUUGGAGACACUUUCCGUUGGCGCAGUGAAAAUGUGUCGACAAACGAGGUCAGCGAGAUCCUGGGCAAUUAUCCGGACGUCCAUGAGGCGAAUGUGUAUGGUGUCGAGGUCCCACAUCAUGAUGGCAGGGCAGGUUGUGCCGCAAUUAUAUUCAAAGAACAACUUCAGAAUCCAACUUCCAACGUUGUUAUUGAGCCGUCACAGAAAAUUCUUCAAUCUUUGGCUGCUCAUGCCUCUGCGCAUUUACCAAAGUACGCCGUUCCCCAGUUUCUUCGAGUCACCGCUUCGAUGCAGUCAACCGGCAACAACAAGCAGCAGAAGACCACUUUACGAGCUGAGGGCGUCAACCCAGAACUCCUAGAGAAUAAUAAGAUUACCGAUCGACUGUACUGGCUGAGCAAUGGCACAUACGUUCCCUUUGGGAAGAAAGAGUGGGAUCAACUGAACAGGGGCAAUGUUAGGCUGUGA